AUGCUGACGCCAGAGCAGGUCGAGCUUCGGUUGGGUCAGUACCAGAAAUCUUUUAGGAUCGUGGAUCAGGAAAAGAAUAAGAAGAAGAGAGGAACCACAAGGCUAUCAAAUCAGGAUGUGGUCUUGGGAUACUGCGUCAAUCAACUUCCAUCCAAUAACCCGAUUGAGGACGAUCUAUCCCGUCAUGUGGUCCGGAACCAGUACGGCGAGAUCGAGCGGUUAUUCUUUGGCGUCUUUGACGGCCAUUCUGGAUGGUGCUGCAGUCAGAAGGUCGCGCGGGAAUUGGCUCCCUCUGUUGCCAAGGAGCUCGAUCAGGUCAGGAACUCGAAGGAUACGAAGGCCGUGAUGGAGGCCAUCGAGCGUGGGUUUAUGAAGCUAGAUCAGCGGAUUGUGCAUGAUAGCCUCAAGCGGGUUCUGGAACAUCCCUCUCGUCCACUGGCCUGUUCAUCGUUGUUGCCGGCGAUUUCGGGGUCGUGUGCGUUGAUGGCGUAUGUGGAUUUGAGGGAGAGGGAUCUUUAUGUUGCUUGCACUGGUGACAGCCGAGCGGUGAUGGGUGUGCGGGAGCCGUUGCCGGAGGGUGGACAUGUCUGGAGAGCAGUGCCAUUGUCGUUUGAUCAGACGGGUAGAAAUCCGUGGGAGGUGAAGAGGUUGCAGGGGGAGCAUCCUGGUGAGGAGAGUACCGUUGUGAUGCGUGGUCGUGUGCUGGGUGGUCUUGAACCAACAAGAGCUUUUGGAGAUGCCCGGUACAAGUGGUCAAAGGAGGCUCAGGACAGGGUCUUCCAGCUCUUCCCGGCCUACCGUCAGCCGAGCCGCAAUCUCAAGACCCCUCCGUAUGUCACAGCGAAGCCCGUGGUACGACACCAUAAGAUCCAACCGGAGGAUCGAUUUUUAGUCAUGGCCACAGAUGGACUCUGGGACAAACUGACGUCUAACGAGGUUGUGCAGCUGGUCGGUGAUAUGCUCGAUGGAAGAACUGGUCAUGCAGAAAUGGUUCUGGACAGGGAGGAAAUCCGCAAGUACAGGCAGCAAAUCAAGGCUAAGCAAGUCGCAUCAUCAUCGCUAGUCAAUGGAAAACCGGGACAACAGAUUCAACAGCAGCAAGAGGAAGAGGAAGAAUUAACGCCGCACAGCAUGCCGGCCAAGGGUCCUACCAGCCAGAUUCGAAAGUUCACGUAUAGGGAUCAAGCUAAUGCUUCGACACAUCUGAUCAGGAACGCUCUCGGCGGUGCAGACGACGAUAAACUGGCAGCAACACUCUCCAUCCCUUCGCCCAUGAGUCGCCGGCAUCGCGACGAUAUUACCGGUAUGUGUGCCCUUUUAUAUUUAUAUUAG